UCCAGCCCCUAAGGCUCCGCAUCCCCCCAACAAAGCUGACCCCCCCGGCGCCGCGCCCGCGCGCUCCCUUGCGUUGCGUGCCGACCAGCCGGGUUCGCCAUGGGCAACUGCUGCCCGGGCUCAGGGGAUGCGGAGCCCGCCCCCUCCGCCUCCGCCGACCCUUCCUCCACCCGCCGCUCCGGCGCCUCCCCUACCUCGGCGCCGGCCCAGAACAAGCCCCCCGCCCCAAUCGGCCCCGUCCUGGGCCGGCCCAUGGAGGACGUCCGCAGCAUCUACACCGUCGGCAAGGAGCUCGGGCGCGGCCAGUUCGGCGUCACCUCCCUGUGCACCCACAAGGCCACGGGCCAGAAGUUCGCGUGCAAGACCAUCGCCAAGCGGAAGCUGUCCACCAAGGAGGACGUGGAGGACGUCCGCCGGGAGGUGCAGAUCAUGUACCACCUGGCCGGCCAGCCAAACAUCGUGGAGCUCAAGGGCGCCUACGAGGACAAGCAGUCCGUGCACCUCGUCAUGGAGCUCUGCGCCGGCGGGGAGCUCUUCGACCGGAUCAUCGCCAAGGGCAAGUACACGGAGCGCGCCGCGGCCUCGCUGCUGCGCACCAUCGUCGAGAUCGUCCACACCUGCCACUCCCUCGGCGUCAUCCAUCGUGAUCUCAAGCCCGAGAACUUCCUCCUCAGCAGCAAGGAGGAGGACGCGCCGCUCAAGGCCACCGACUUCGGGCUCUCCGUCUUCUUCAAGCAAGGGGAGGUGUUCAAGGACAUCGUGGGCAGCGCCUACUACAUCGCGCCGGAGGUCCUCAAGCGGAACUACGGGCCGGAGGCGGACAUCUGGAGCGUCGGCGUCAUCCUCUACAUCCUUCUCUGCGGUGUUCCUCCCUUCUGGGCCGAAUCGGAGCACGGCACCUUCAACUCCAUCCUGCGGGGGCAGGUGGACUUCACCAGCGACCCGUGGCCGCGCAUUUCGCCCGGAGCCAAGGACCUCGUCAGGAAGAUGCUCACCUCUGACCCCAACAAGAGGAUCUCUGCCGACGAUGUCCUCAAUCAUCCUUGGAUCAAGGAAGACGGAGAAGCGCCGGAUACACCACUGGACAACGCCGUCAUGGGCAGGCUCAAGCAGUUCAGGGCUAUGAACCAGUUCAAGAAAGCCGCGCUAAGGGUCAUCGCCGGAUGCCUGUCGGAGGAAGAGAUCAGAGGGCUCAAGGAGAUGUUCAAGAGCAUGGACUCGGACAACAGCGGCACCAUCACCGUCGACGAGCUCCGGAAAGGCCUUGGCGGCAAGCAGGGUACCAAGCUCACCGAGGCCGAAGUGGAGCAGCUAAUGGAAGCCGCCGAUGCAGAUGGCAACGGGACGAUCGACUACGAGGAGUUCAUCACGGCGACGAUGCACAUGAACAGGAUGGACAGGGAGGAGCAUCUCUACACCGCGUUCCAGUACUUCGACAAGGACAACAGCGGCUGCAUCUCCAAGGAGGAACUGGAGCAGGCCCUGCGGGAGAAAGGACUCCUGGACGGCAGAGACAUCAAAGACAUCAUAUCGGAAGUCGACGCCGACAACGACGGGAGGAUCGACUACAGCGAGUUCGUGGCGAUGAUGAAGAAGGGGAACCCCGAGGCGAACCCCAAGAAGCGGCGCGAAAUCGUUCUGUAGAAAGACGGAGAGCAAGUGCUGGUCUCUCUCUUUCUACCAACCGCCGGCCGUGGCAUCCAGCGAUGCCACGACGGGCUGCGCAUGCACAGACAAACACAUAUAUGCAGACAUAGGUGUCUGCGGAGCACGGUGAACCGAGGAGGCGAGCAGCCAGGGAAGGAAGGAAAGAGGCCUCGCUUGUGUAAACCGUGUGAAGCGAUCGACCAACAGAGGGCCUCUGUGAUGCGCGUUUUCUUUACUUCUUCGUGUGUUGGCCCUGGCUCGUGUUAGAACUGUUUCAUAUUUAUGCUUGGGUGUGGAUUAAUUUGGGGACGGUUCUUGGGUGUUAGCGACCACCUCUCGACGGCGACGAUGACCAUAAGCUGUUUGUUUUCAGAUUUACUGAGAAGGGAGCAUAGAAGCAGCAGCAUAUAUACCGUGGAAUUCGAACUGUACAUUCAGGAAUGGAACGCUCUUGGGCACUCUUCUUUA